AUGUGUAACCUUGAAAAUCUUAAACUGUUCCUUCCAAUAGUCCGUCCCGCUCAGGGUGUCUGCUGGGGCGUCGUACAUGAAUUGCUUCAUGAUCCCUACAAGCUCGUUCACAACUUGGUAAAAGCUAGCUCAUGGCUAUUGAGUUACGUCGGCUUGACCGUACAAGCUUCUGCUAUCGAACUAUAUAUUGCUUACACGACUGUAUCUACUUCAUUCAACGUCUCUACAUUGCACUCAGACACUCGCCUAGUCCGUCUCAUUGGAUUCGUGAUUCACCUUACGAUUCUCGCAAACGUGCACCAACUAGAAAUCACUGAAAUCUUCUUCGCUUUUGUUCCGCUCAGUCUCUCGUUCAUGCCCCGUCCAUCUCCUGCCAGAUUACCAAAAAUCUUUUGCCAACGAACUUUGCAAACCGUCUCUCCUGCGGAUGGUCCCGGCUGGUUAUACGCUUACGUCGAUCGAGAAGAGAUAGGAUCUGAUUUCCUCCAGUUCGGGUCGCGAAUCGACGUCAAGCGGAAUCCGUUGCCGAGUGCACAUCGAGAAGUUUUCUUUCGCUGGCCAUUGGAAAUAUGUUUGGAGGACGAUCGUCUGGCCAACGCUUUGGAGGGCCGCAACUUGUUAAAGUAUGUAUCGAACUGUGAAAUUGUUGCUGUGAUGCAGCUUUACAAUUUCUGA